AUGGCAACCCCACACAACUCACGUGUCACUCAGACGACACAGAACGAUUUGGAUAAAGUCACCGUAGACGAUAUUACCCAUGAAGAAGAUAACGAGAACCAGGUAGAAAAUCCGGGAGAAGCAGAGCAUAUCACUCCUUAUUUUGUGGCCAUGCACAGGGAAAAGUUAACUAAGUAUCUUGAAGAUUUAAAGAGGCAGGAAAAACUCGACAGCCUCAGGGCCAGACUUUCUUUUGACACACCCUCCAACCAGGAAGGAACGAACCUCCAAAAUAAGAACAGCAGCAGUGACCAGCUGGAAACGUUCAUGACUGCCCUGAGGCAGAUGUCCUCGGAAGAAAGGGAGGAUCUGAUCACAGGUCAAAAAUCCAAGGAAAAAGAAAAGGAGAAAGAUAACUUUGGUGACGGUGGCUUGGGUCAACCAUACCUACCGCGAGACUUAGCUGAGGUCUCAAAGUUCACACGGAGAAUCUCAGAAGCACCUAUGCCUCCCAAGACAAAGCUACCCCCAGGCUUUGAUCGUUAUGAUGGAACAAGAGACCCUGAGGAUCACCUGCAUGCCUUCCGGGGAGCGGGGCAGCUAGGAAGAUGGCCCAUGCCGGUAUGGUGUCACAUGUUCGUACAGACCCUAACGGAGGGAGCCCGGCUUUGGUUUGACAGUCUUCCCCCGGGGAGUAUAGAUAGCUAUGAAGAACUGAGCGAGAAGUUCCUCAGGAAUUUCGGCCAACAGAGAAAGGUGAUCAAAAAUCCAAACGAGAUUCUUCACAUCAGACAAAGGGAUAACGAGCGGAUAGACCAAUACAUGGGAAGGUUUGUUAAGGAAAGCAUGAACAUUAUGGACGUCCCAGAGGUCAUAAAGAUCAGCAGUUUCAUAAACGGAUUGAAACAUGCACAGCUGUGUGAAAAAUUGGGAGAGGAACUUCCUCCUUCCUUCGACAAUCUUAUGGACAGAUUCAGGGCCUUCGUCCGGGGAAAAGAUACGGUCAGCAAAGCGAAGGAGACAGAUGUCACGCCUCGGAGGAUCACCCCGGCUGCAAGGCCUCCUGAUAAAGGUACACCCUAUUCCCGGAAACCUGCCUUUGAUAGAAUGUUGCAUGACAGGGCAAGGCCCUCAUACUCCCCAUAUAGACCCCGAGGGAGAGGUCCCCCUCCUUACUCCGAUAACUUCACCCCUCUCACCAAGACCCCGAGUGAGAUACUAGCCACAGAGAGGGUAAAGAAUUCUUUCCCAAGGCCACCGCCCAUAAAACCGGGACCAAAGGCACAACAGAACGAGUACUGUGAAUUUCACAAAGGCUUCGGGCACAAAAGCGAUGACUGCAUAUACCUAAAAAGGGAAAUAGAAACCGCGGUGAAAAUGGGGCGGCUGGCCCACUUGGUUAAGGAAAUCAAGGAGGGGGGAGGGGAUCGCAAGGGAAGAGAUGCAAGGGAGCCAGGGAGGGCAGAUGUUGAUAUGAUUAGAAGGAGGAAUGAGUUUGAUACAACCAGAAGUGUAAAGGCCAGAAUCCUAGGCUCCCCGAACAGCAUGAAAGCUCCCAUCCUUAUGCCGUACGUGGAGGAAGGUAAGGUGCAACGACUCCCGUUGAACAUCUCAGCCGUAAUAGCCGGACACAAGGUGUCUCGAAUACAUGUGGAUGGAGGGUCAGGUGUUGAGGUAAUAUACGAACACUGUUUUCUUAGGUUCGACAGGGAUGUAAGAGAUAGACUGGAGGAAGAUUCUAUCCCCUUAGUGGGAUUCAACAACAGUGUGUCACAUCCCCUGGGAAAGAUCAGGCUCCCAUUCACAGUUGGGGUGGGGGAUCGGGUCCGAACGAUAAAUCUGACCUUCACAGUAGUCUGGGCACCCUCCAAGUACAAUGCGAUCUUGGGAAGACCCGAAAUUGGAGACUUACAAGCACAAGCAUCCACCCCCCACGGGGCUUUAGUAUUUCAAACACCAAAGGGUCUUGCCUGGGUUAAGUCCGCUUAUGAAGUAGUUUCCUCCGUAUCCAAAGGGGAAGAACCGGGGAAACCCCAGGGAAGGGGGUGGAAGAGUGGGUCAUCUGUGACAGGUUCCCAGAACAAACAGUCAAGGUGGGAAGCCACUUAA